AUGUUGCUUUUUGCCAGGCCUCUUCUUAGGAGGUGCCGGCCGUUUGCCGUGCCAAGAUAUGUGUACUGGGCUAGAAGUGCAGUUCUUCGAAGAAACCUGGGGAUCCCGCCAGGAACAGUAACAAGAAACUCGUCAUUGGUACUGCUAGCUCCGUCUGCGAGGGCAUACUCCAAUGAGCCAGAACAUAGACGGGGGCCUCCUCCUGAGGUGAAACGCAACUUGAAAUAUAUCACCGAGAGGGAUUCGCUGCUGGUGCAGACCAAUAACAUCUUCACCAAAUUGAAGAUCAACAUACGAUGGUUCUUGAAAAAAUCCACCCGGCCGUUCAAUUCAGACGAUAUAAGCGCGUUCAUCUCAUGGAUCCUCGUCAGCAACAUUUUCAUUUUCAUCUUCUGGACGACCACAUUCGUGUCUUUGGUUCUGUAUUUGGUCAAUACCGUGUUUGCGCAGGAAUAUCUCGCGAGCAAGAUCGGUAAGUUCAUCACCAAGAAUGACUCGUUGUCGAUUGUGUUUGAGACUGCCAUUGUGCCGGACUGGUCGUCUGGGAAGAUCAGCUUCCAAAAGGUCUUCGUGUCCAGAAGGCCCAAGGUGUCGCAUGGGUUUACCAAGGGCUCGCAGCAGGAUGCGUUGCAAAGAGCGAAACUGGCCCUUAGCGAAAAAAUUCUGGUCAACCAGCAGGACUUCGAUAAUGGGAACUACACGCAGUUCGAUCUGACCAUCGACCAGGUGGAUAUAUCGCUGAAUUUCAGAAAAUGGAUCAACGGGAAGGGCAUCCUGGAUGAAGUGACCAUCAACGGGCUUAGGGGCGUUAUAGACAGAACACACGUGACGUGGAAGAAAGAUGAUGACCCAAAGAACUACCUGAACGUAUAUCAACCGGGAGAUUUCGAAAUCUCAAAAUUCACAAUGAACGACGUCCUUUGCACCCUGUACCAGCCAAACGGGUUCCGGCCGUUCCAAAUAAGCAUAUUCAACUGCGACCUGCCGCAGUUGAGGAAACAUUGGCUGUUCUACGACAUUCUAAACGCCAACAAUAUUAAUGGGACCUACGAUAAUUCCAUGUUCACCAUUCACAAGAAGUUCAGGACCGAUGACCAAAAUCAGGACUCCGCGUCGCUGUGGAAGCAAAUGACAAGGUUCAGGGUGGACAACCUGGACAUCGACCAUCUGAAUGCCGGCAUCGAGGGGCCCUUUGGAUGGAUCAACGAGGGCCGGGUUGACAUGGUUGGCGACGUACUUUUGCCCGACGAAGAUGCAGCUUCAGAUUCGUUGCAACUAACUGAAAUUCUCACAGAGAUCGGGGACCGCCUGAUUAGGGAAGCCAAAAGAUACACUUCGUCCUUCCCCCUGGUCCGGCCAGGAUUCUCCCACACCGUCGACGAAAUUGACCCCAUCGACUACUUCAUUAUGGACUUCUCCCUAAGACUUUACAACGUCAAGGCCGAGAUUCCCCUCUUCACUUCGGGACUGACGUAUAUUAAUAGCGCAUUGAUCCGGCCCAUUGUAGGGUACAUCAAUUCUCACAGAACUUACAUUCCUAUCAAGUGCCGGAUCGUGAAGAAGAAAUCCGACUUUGAAGGCUCAUGGACCAUCUACGAUUCCUACUUGAUGCGAGAUUUGAGCGCAGAGGUGUACGACGCCUUUGCUAACUACGCCGCUGACGAUGAAAAGAGAUCUUUGCGCUUGAGAAGGGUCGGCUUUUGGUCGCUGCAACUCGUUCUGCAAGUGAUCCUAAUGAGUCUCGGUGCAAUCGCAUGA